AUGUCCAGGGUCCAAGAAGAAGCCAAGCCAGAAGUGCUUUGGUCGCUGGGGCCCGCAGGCACGCAGCAUCCCCCUCCUGACAGUCCCAGCAGCACCUGUACGGGGCAAGAGGGACACAAGGUGUCCCCCCUCGCCCAGUCCCUCGCUAACACCCCUCCUCUGCUUCUGCGCAGGAACGUGAUGCCCAAGACGUUGGAUGGGCAGAUCACCAUGGAGAAGACCCCCAGCUACUUCGUGACCAACGAGGCCCCCAGGCGCAUUCACUCCAUGGCCAAGGACACGAAGCUGAUCGUGGUGGUGAGGAACCCGGUCACCCGCGCCAUCUCGGACUACACGCAGACGCUCUCCAAGAAGCCAGAGAUCCCCACCUUCGAGGUGCUGGCCUUCAAGAACCGGACCCUGGGGCUGAUCGACGCCUCCUGGAGCGCGAUCCGCAUCGGGAUCUAUGCCCUGCACUUGGAGAACUGGCUCCAGUACUUCCCCCUCUCCCAGAUCCUUUUUGUCAGUGGUGAGAGGCUCAUCACUGACCCGGCUGGGGAAAUGGCCAAGGUCCAGGACUUCUUAGGCCUCAAGAGGAUUGUGACAGAGAAACAUUUUUAUUUUAAUAAAACUAAGGGGUUCCCCUGUCUAAAGAAGCCAGAGGACAGCAGUGCUCCCCGGUGCUUGGGCAAGUCCAAGGGUCGAACUCACCCCAAAAUAGACCCAGACGUCAUCCAUAGACUGCGGAAGUUUUACAAACCCUUCAAUGUCAUGUUUUACCAAAUGACAGGCCAGGAUUUCCAGUGGGAGCAGGAAGAGAGUGACAAGUAG